GCUGCCAUUUCGACUAAGCAUCAUGUAGCUGUGGUACCUCGCGAGGGUACCAGCAAUGACUGCCACUUCGUUGGAGGGUUUCAAAAGAAAUCCAUGGCGGAGAUUGAUGUGUCAGUCUUCAGUAAGAUGGCCGAGCUGCUUGCACGGCCGUUAUCUCCCACAGCACUGGAGAAGGAGGAGGCUGUGCAGAAUGGGAAGCGAAUUCCCAAAGCCAAGGUCCCCAGCCGAAAAGCUGCAGCUCGACCAAAGGCAGAGAGUAAAGCAGCAGCAUCGGUGCAGGCUCCAGGUCCCACAGAGAUGACCAUUCAUGAGCAGCACCAGGAGGAGCAAUUUUCUAGCCUCGAAGACAAGGGCAUCCUUUCAGCAGUGUCCGAGUUGAGUGGCCUUCAACAAGAAUGGAAGGAGAAGAUGAAACAUCCUUCUUUCAGAAAGGGUGGGCCCCCACGGAUGAAGCGGCCACCGGCACCAGCGGUCCUUGAUGAGGAGGAGCGGCGUCAGAAGAUGGAGGAAAUCGAUACCUUAGAAGUGCAGCUCAAAGAGGCGAAAACCGUGGCAGCAGCUGCCAAGCGAGCGGCUCAAGCUGCGGAGCAACUGGCAGAGGCUGCAGCAAAAGAGGCCGAAUCUGGCUCCGAAGAUGGUCAGAUCUCCCAGUCCACGGAGCCCAAGAAGGAUCUUCCGGAAGGGGACUUGCAGCAGCAGGCCGAAGCCAGAGUGAAAGCUCGCAAAAGGCAAGAAGCCAAGGAAAAGCGUGAUCGACAACGCAAGGAGGUGGAAGAAAAGCGUUUGCGGCAGGCAGAAGCUGAAGCGAAAGCCAAAGAGCUUGAACGACAAACCAAAGAGCGACUCCAGGAGCGCCUCCGUUCCGAGCGAGCUCGGGAGCGGCAGCUCCAAGAGGACAUGGAACGUGAGGCCGAGAUCAAAGAACAGCGAUCACGACAAGUUGCUGAGGAGCUACAGCAACAAGCCUUGAAGAGACUGGCUGACAAGGAACAAGCCGACAAGCACAUGGCCGAUGAGCUCGCUCGUGCCGAGGCUGAGGCAAAAAGACAGCAGGCGCAAGAAAACCAAGCUCGCGCUGAAGAGUUGCGGCAGAAGACGCGUCGAAGGAUGCAGCAAUACACACGUCAGCAGCGUGAUCAGUCAAUGGCUGAACAGGAGGCUCGACGGAAGAGGAUUGAAGAAGAAGCACAGGUUGCGGAUGAGAGAAUCAUGCAGGCGAUUCGAAGCCAAGAACGAGCCAAAGCACGCGCGGCGGAGUUCAGACACCGCGAGCGGAGUGAGGAGAAGGCUCGUGCGAUUCUCCAAGAAGAGCAGCAUGUGAGACAGCAGGAACUUGCAGAAGUUGCUCAGCUGGAACGCCAACGGAAGCGCCAGUGGAGAGCCGAGCUGGCACGCGGUCCAGCCACACCCUUGCGUUCAGAUAUGUCCUCCAGGGCAUCCAGCCAUCCGCCUUUGGCCAGGCCUGCUCCUCGACAAUCUGUUGACCAUUUUGGAGGUCGAAGUGCAGAGAGCAGCCGCGCGAGCACUCCGAAGUGUCCCGUGUGGUCCAUCGUGGAUCCCGGUGACGAAGGUCCUCGGCCAAAGCCGCCGAAGCCGACUCAUGAUCCACCAAAGAAGGUGCCGUUGCAGAGACUGACAAGGGCAGUGAGCCAGCCGCCGGUCCGGCCAAAGCCCAUCGAGAGAUCCGCAGGUGCAGACAGUGGUGAUGCGAGUCGCGCUUCAACUCCUGCUGACCAUUGGGAUGAACCCAGCGACUUUGUCGAGGAGGUCACAGCGUAUCCUGAGAACCCAAGAUUCGCACCUCAAGUCGCUGCAAAAGCUCCAAGUCUGGAUGAAGCCUCAGCUCCGUCAUCGCCAGGAGCAAAGUCACCAAAACCAUGGAAGCAGAAGGCGAUCCAGGUGAAUUCGGCAGAACAUUACCUGGAAGCUCUGAAAGCAGCUCGCGGGCAAAGCUCAGCCAAAGCCUGUGCUAAAAAUCGUCCUGCGCCUGGUACCAAAGGAUAUGCUGAGCAGCUUCGGCUUCGAGCAGAGGAUGUGGAGGCAAAACAGCGGGAAGACGAGGAUGUGCGGAUGGAGCGAGGCUAUGCCGCCCUCCAGCGAGUUCAACAGCGUGCGCUUCAGGCUUCACCAAUGAGAGAAGCUCGUGCGGGCUGACUAUGUAGAUGUUUCACUAGAUCACAGCCUAUGCUUUGUUGUACAUAGAAGGAUCGGUCACCGAGCCUGGUAAUCUCACAGUGGAAUGUGAAGCCCCUGGGUAAGGGAAGCCCCCAAGCAGCAGUGUAUCACUUUGGUCAAAUGAUGAAAUGGGGGACCACCAGCAAUGCUUGGGAGUGUCCUUAAAACAAAGCAGGCACUUUGCAGUCCUGCGGAUUGCAAGGAGUUAACGAGUGUAAAA